AUGGCCGACCAACUCCACAGCCAACCUCCCUCCUCGCAAUACUACCUCCUCUCCUACCCAGCUCCGCACGUUCUGCUCGUCACCAUCAACCGCGAAAAACAACGCAAUGCACUCAACUACCAAGCCCACUGGGACGCCGACGCCAUUUUUCGCUGGUUCGACAAGGAACCUUCCCUGCGCGUCGCCAUCGUUACAGGGAAAGGCUCCAAGGCUUUCUGUGCAGGCCAGGACUUGAUCGAGCAACGCUCGCGCGCGAGUGCCGCUGCAGAGGGGGAUCAAGAGAAGCAGAGAGGACUAUCGCACCCGUCAGGUGGGUUUAUGGGAUUGAGUCGACGAAGGGGUAAGAAACCUGUGGUUGCGGCGGUGAAUGGGUUCGCGUUGGGUGGCGGAUUUGAGAUUUGUUUGAACUGUGAUAUGAUCGUGGCAUCCCCAACUGCAACUUUCGGUCUCCCCGAGGCCCAAGUCGGCCUGUAUGCUGCCGCUGGCGGUCUCGCGCGCAUUACGCGCAUCAGCGGUCUGCAGAUUGCUUCUGAAAUCGCCAUGGCGAACCGGAAACUCACAGCGGAAGAAGCACACCGAUACCUACUCGUCAACAAAAUCAGCAAAACCCCAGAGUCCGUGGUCGACGAGGCGAUCGAGCUGGCCCUCAAGAUCUCGAAUCUAUCGCCAGAUUCGGUUAUUGUGACCCGUCAUGGUAUCAGAGAGGCGUGGGAGAAUCCGAGCGUGGAGGGAGCGACUAUCAGGACGCAGCAGGAGUAUUUGGAGAAGCUGGUUGAAGGGGAGAAUUUUGCGAUUGGCGUGAAUGCGUUUGCGGGCAAGAAGAAGCCGGAGUGGGUGCCGUCGAAACUUUGA